CAUGCAGCAUGGCGGAGGAAGAUACGGCCAGCCGUACGUACGCUGGCUGGACCGCAUCGCUUUCGCGACCGUCGCGCAAAAGCCCAGCGUGCGAAUCGCGCGAACCCAAUCUCGCGAAGAUGUGAGCCGCUCACUCGUCGGAUCGUCGUUGCCAUUAGUUUAGUCUCGCGACGAAGUCAGACCCCUCCGAGAUGAACGCGAGCGUAUACGUCGCUAUCACGUGUUUCCUGCUCGUCACACUGAUGACCCUUACCAGCGGUAGCGACUACAGAUUCAACGGCUCCAAACAAAGUCAGCUAAUGUCAAAAGAGCACCGGACCCACGCGGCUUCGGAAAGAGCCAACGACCUAUCGUGUUACAGGUGCUUCACUAUGAACCAGGGUGAGAAAUGUAUUAAUAUCACGCAGUUCAAUGCCACUGAAGUACAGGAGUACGAGCACAAGUGCACGGACGACAGAAGAAUCUGCAUGGUGAAGCGAUUUUCCUACACCACCAGCACCGAGAACUCGACCUCCGCACCGAGGACGUGGUCCCUCGAGAGAAACUGCACGAACAAAUGCGAAGCCGGGUGCAUCGUGAUCGGCGAGCGCACCAAGCUCUACGCCUGCACCUCCUGUUGCGAAGCGAAUCUAUGCAACGUCGGCAAUGGCAUCUCCAACGACCUAAUAAUCAAGGAAAUCGACCUCCUACUGGCCCUCGUGCUCCAAGCUGUCUUGACCGUUAUCAUAUACCCGUCCUGACAGUAUCAAUAAAGCUCUCUGGUCGCAAUGCACCCUCUCGUCAUCCACGGUCGUUCGACGGCACUCCGACAUUUGCCUGCCUGCUCCGACGUUCGGAAGAUAUUCGGCAUAAUCUAACACUUCGCCAACGAUACGAGAUGUGUAAAAAUCUAAAUUGUGGAAAGAACGAUUUUGCUGGAAGGUCUAAAAAUUUUGCUGGAUAUGGAUUUGAAAAUAAUUUUGUUGGACCGUUAAAAUAAUUCUGUUCGUUGGAAGCCUUGGUUGGAAAAAUUAUGAGCAUUGUUGUAAAACGUUUUGAUAUUCUAGAAACUAGUUUGAAUUUUGAACAAAGUUAUAUUUUGAUGGUCCAACAUUUUUUCAGAUCUGUGUAUCUAGCCAAAUUUUUAGAAAAUCUGCUUCCAGCAAAAUUUUUUCCACGCGUGUACACUUUAUAAUGUAUAUGUGUAUAUAAAUUAUAUUUAUUAAUCCCUUAAAGAAAUGUUUAAUAACAAAAAGACUAAGUAAUCACUUAUUUUUUGAGUAUUAAAAGCUGUUUAUUAGUGCUUUUAAUAUUCAAAAUAAGUAAUUAUUUGGCCCUUCUAGUAUUAAAU